AUGGCUUCUUCCGCCGCCCAGAUUCACGUUCUCGGCGGAAUCGGAUUCGCCACUACUUCCUCUCCCAAGAGGAAUCUCAAUAACAAAGCCAGCUUCAUGCCCAGAAGCGCCUUCUUUGGCACGAGGACAGGCCCUUUCUCGACCCCUACUUCAGCCUUCCUCAGAAUGGGAAGCAGAAAUAGCGGCGCCUCUAGGUACGCGGUAGGUCCGGUGCGGGUGGUUAACGAGAAGGUUGUUGGAAUCGAUUUAGGUACGACUAACUCCGCAGUCGCUGCAAUGGAAGGAGGCAAGCCCACGAUUGUCACCAACGCUGAGGGUCAGAGGACCACACCUUCCGUCGUGGCCUACACCAAGAGCGGCGACCGGCUCGUCGGCCAGAUUGCAAAGCGCCAAGCCGUCGUUAAUCCCGAGAACACUUUCUUCUCCGUCAAAAGGUUUAUCGGUAGGAAGAUGAACGAGGUAGAUGAAGAGUCUAAGCAGGUUUCCUACAGAGUUGUUAGGGAUGAGAACGGGAAUGUCAAGCUCGAUUGCCCUGCCAUUGGCAAACAAUUUGCUGCCGAAGAAAUUUCAGCUCAGGUUUUGAGGAAACUCGUGGAUGAUGCCUCCAGAUUCUUGAACGACAAAGUAACCAAGGCUGUUAUCACUGUCCCUGCUUACUUCAACGACUCACAGAGGACCGCUACAAAAGAUGCUGGUCGCAUUGCCGGCUUAGAUGUUCUUCGUAUUAUCAAUGAGCCAACAGCUGCUUCGUUGGCUUAUGGGUUUGAGAAAAAAAGUAACGAAACAAUUCUAGUCUUUGAUCUUGGUGGUGGUACCUUUGAUGUCUCAGUGCUUGAGGUUGGUGAUGGUGUCUUUGAAGUGCUUUCCACUUCUGGCGACACGCAUUUGGGAGGCGAUGACUUUGACAAGAGAGUUGUCGAUUGGCUUGCUUCAGAUUUCAAGAAAGAUGAAGGCAUAGAUCUGUUGAAAGAUAAGCAAGCACUUCAGAGGUUAACAGAGGCAGCAGAAAAAGCUAAGAUUGAGCUUUCCUCGCUGACUCAGACAAACAUGAGCUUGCCAUUUAUCACGGCCACAGCCGACGGACCUAAACACAUUGAAACAACCCUCACGCGUGCCAAGUUUGAAGAGUUGUGUUCAGAUUUACUUGACAGGUGUAAGACUCCCGUUGAGAAUUCCCUGAGGGAUGCAAAGCUCAGCUUCAAAGAUAUUGAUGAAGUGAUCCUUGUUGGUGGAUCCACACGCAUUCCUGCUGUUCAGGAACUCGUGAGGAAGCUGACUGGGAAAGAACCUAAUGUCACAGUAAAUCCUGAUGAGGUUGUCGCUUUAGGUGCUGCAGUACAGGCUGGUGUUCUGGCUGGAGAUGUGAGUGACAUUGUGCUUCUUGAUGUGACACCGCUUUCGAUUGGUUUGGAAACCCUUGGUGGUGUUAUGACCAAGAUUAUUCCAAGGAACACUACGCUGCCUACUUCUAAAUCAGAAGUAUUUUCUACCGCUGCUGAUGGACAGACAAGUGUUGAGAUCAACGUACUGCAGGGUGAGAGAGAAUUUGUUAGGGAUAACAAGUCUCUUGGCAGCUUCCGUCUGGAUGGUAUUCCACCGGCACCACGGGGAGUUCCACAAAUUGAAGUCAAAUUCGACAUUGAUGCCAACGGAAUCUUAUCAGUCAGUGCCGUUGACAAAGGCACUGGAAAGAAACAAGACAUCACCAUUACCGGUGCGAGUACAUUACCCAAGGACGAGGUGGACCAAAUGGUCCAGGAAGCAGAAAGGUUCGCAAAGGAUGACAAGGAGAAGAGAGACGCGAUUGACACAAAGAACCAGGCAGAUUCGGUGGUGUACCAAACAGAGAAGCAACUUAAAGAACUUGGAGAGAAAAUACCAGGUGCAGUGAAAGAGAAGGUGGAGGCAAAGCUGCAAGAGCUGAAAGACAAGAUAGGAAGUGGAUCGACCCAAGAAAUCAAAGAUGCCAUGGCUGCUCUUAACCAAGAAGUGAUGCAGAUUGGUCAGUCUCUGUACAACCAACCUGGGGCAGGAGCAGGAGCAGGUACUUCCCCUGGUGGUGAAGACGCCUCAUCAGCAGGUCCAUCGUCAAGUAAAGGUGGAGAUGGUGAUGAUGUGAUCGAUGCUGACUUCACAGACAGCAAAUGA